AUGUGGGGCGAGAUGCUUUCCCUGGGAGCAGCCUCUUCGCUUCUUCCUCCUCCGAGCCGGCCGGCUGGAGCGGCCUCGUCGGCCGCGCCUCACGCCAACCCGCCUCCGCCUCUUUCUGCCUUCCUCGACUCGCGGGGCGAACCAGCGUCUCCCCUUCCGCUGUACGUGGCGCAGUUGCCAUCGGGGGAAGCUCUGCUGCAGCAGCAGCGGGCGUCGCUGUCGUCCUCGCAGCUCACCGGUCACCAGCCGUCGUUGCGGAGCGCGCGGAAGAGCUGGCUGCAAACCCGCAAGGAAACUGAGCAGUUUCGAAACUCGCUCGUGUUCUUGGCUCUUCCCCUCGACACCCUUCUCUUCUACCUCGUCGUGUCGCCCUCAGACGGCGUCCUCUUCCUCCAGGACGGCGGGCCCUACCUCCUGUUGCAGCAUCUGGAGCUCGAGCGCGAGCGUCUCCUGGAGGCGGGGAAACGAGGGGCUACGUCCACGCCCGCGCUCGACCUCUACGACUUGCGCUAUGCGCAUCACUGCAUACGGCAAAAAGUGUGCCAGGCUGCUCUGCGCCUUCGGAGCCAGCUGGAGGCGCAGCUCCUGGAGCGCGAGUCUUCGCGCGCUCUCGAGGCGGCGAUGGGAAACGUGGGAACUGCGGGGGACCGGGCUCAGCCACGGGAAGCCGAGAACGAAACCCUGGAAACAGUAGAAGGCGGGGUUCGGGGGUACUACCGCCUCGCUUGUCGCCUCGUGGAUCAAUUCUUUGCGGCGCUGUACGCGCGCCUGCCUCGGCGCGGAGCGGGCGGUGUGAAGGCGCCGCUCGCCACUGAGAUCCGCCAAGACGAGCGCGAGCCUAGUGCGGAUUUGAUGGUGCGGCGAGAAGAGAAGGAGGCUCUUCUGGCGCCGGCUAGGGCGAGAGACUCGGACGGAGAGAAGGCGGAGGCCGAGCUCACCGACAAGCUUAGGAGAACCACGCUCGAACUGAAGAAGAUCUGGGAGGUGUACAGACAGCGGCUGUUCUCUCAGGAAGAAGUACCGCCCUUCGAACGCCUCGAGAUUCUCUGGAACGCAAAUGUGGCGCCUCUGCUCGAGAUCCGAGAGGCCCAAGGCCUCCACGCUGCACAGCCCCACGGCGACCGAACCGAGAAAGCGCCUGAGACCGUGUCGCUCCUGCUGAGACUCCCCAGCUUGGUCUUCCACACGGCGCUGGCGGAAAACGAAGACCACGAGGGCCGGGCGACGGUGCUCAAGUGGGUUACUUUGAAGGCGAUGCUGCGAAUCUACGAACUCCUCAGUCCCGACGCCUACACGCUCGCGGGGGGCACAGACCUCGAGGCGCUUCGCCGGGCUUUGAAGAAGAAAAUGGAGAAACUGGUCGAGGCCGAGCGACGUGCGCAGGCCAUGCGGGGCCUCCGCAGCUCCGACAACACUGUAGAUACAGCUGAGGAAGACGAGGCUAUUGCUGAAGCAACUUCGCCGUCUGCAGGCCUAGUUGCCUCUGCGUCUCUCCGUCGAAAGCGCCUGGAAAUCUUCGAGACGCUCGAGGAGCAGGAAACGAGGGAACGGGAGAAACUUGAGAAGCUGCAAAGAGACCAACUGCCUCCUGGAACGCCUCCCACCUACGGCGGACUGUCUCCGGAGACACAGGCUCUGCUCUUUCCCUUUGAGUGGAUCGAAGGCCCGUGGCUCGACGCCGUGCUCGCCAAGGGGCAAGAGAAGCGCCUCCUCGGAAGCUGGCUUGGCGGCGCUUCGCGCAGGCACUCGGGCCCAGCGGAUCUCUUUGAGCACUUGCUGCGAUCGCAGGCCGCUCUGUCUCCCUCGGAGGGCCUUCGGUUCGUGUCGGAGUUUCUCGCUCGCUAUCCACGCCGGCCGGGACUCUCUGAGGUUCAGGCGACCGCGGCUCUGCGCGCGUCUGAAGCGGAGGCGCGAGAUCGGGAGCAGGACGCGCGGAGUCGAGGCAAGGGCGAGACGCCGAGAGACAGGCGAGGCGAGCGCGCGCCGGCCCAGACGAAAAAGGCCCUCUCGCAAGAUGAAGAAGACGGCGAGGGCGUUUUCCCUGUCCAGCAGCGUGCGCUCGCAGGAGCGCUUCUCGUAGGCGCCCUCGACAAGGCGGCGGGAGUCAUCGAGCCGGUGAGCAGUCGGCUGCACGCGCAGAUUGUGAGCACUGGCAGGCAGCUGGUGCAUCUGCGCGAGCGCGUGGAACGAGGGAAAGGGAAGAGUUUCUUGGAAGUGCAACGCGAGGAACGGGAGAAACGCGAGGACGAGAGGAGACGCAGGCGCCGAGAACAAGGACGCGACGAAGAGAAGGGCGAGCGGGCCGACGCGUUCCUCCUCAAGGCGGAGGAAAAGCGAGGCGGAGACGGAUUCCUCGACAGUCAACAACGGAUUCUUCUUGCCCAGCUCAAGAGACAACAAGACGGACAGGCCGCACUCCUCAACCUCGUCGAAAGACAGAUGAUUGCGGGGGUUUUUCUCUUCCUGGACGAGGCUGUGCGUUUCCUCCGGCCCUCCGAGACCUCGGCGGCUCUCGACCUCGCAGCUCUCUCCUCGAGCUACAGUCCUGAGGACUCGGAGCGGCAGAAACGGAGCGAGACGCUCAAACAGAAUCCCCACGUGCUCCUCGAUUCGCGCCGCGUCCUUCAGACUUUUGUCGAGGCGCAACUCUUCAUUUACGAUGUUUUCCGGUCCCUGCGAGUCGUCCUGCAUCAACAGAGACGGGAAGCAGAGACGCUCGAAGCCUUGGGCGGAGGCGCGGGGCCCGGUGCACCAAAGCGAGGUGACGAGACGCACGAGAAGCCUUCGCCUCGCCCCAUUCCGUUCCCCUCCCUGGCGUCUCUGCGGGCACAGGGAGAGAAGCCUGUUGAGUCAGAUGGAGAAGACAGCGCCGGCGAGGCCCCUGACGCUUUGGGCGCGUAUCCAUCAGGCUGCGCUCUGGAACGUGCGUGGCCAGCCUCUGUCGCCCUCGAUCCGGCAGAGGUGCCGCUGUUUGUGGAGAACCUCAUCCGUUUCUACCGGAAAGAAAUCUUUGACGACAUGCUGCCUGCCUCGAUCCAGUUGAGCCUCGCCUCCCACAUCCACGACCUCUCCGCGGUCGCGUUCUUGCCGACCCUCGCUCCGCGAAUUCAUCCCCUGGCGAUUCCCAUUCAAGCUGUCUCCGCAGCGAUCGGCGAGACUGGCGGCCGCCCCUGGCACAUGCAGUGGAGAGUGUAUAUCCACGAGGCGCUGCGCGACCCUGCUUUGUUAGGCAAGUUACGCGAGGGAGUGAAAUCCAGAAUCCACGAAAAAAGGGAGGGACUGCUUUCCGGAUGCGCUCUCGUGACUGGAAAGCUCUUGCAGGCGAAGAGGAGUUCGAUUUCGUAUGCAGUUUUGACUGCUUUGUUCGACAUCUGGAAACGAACUGCUCUCCCGCCACGACUUCCCUUUGCUGCCCAAAGGGACUCGGCAACCCCACAGAAGGAUGCUGCGUUUCCCUCGCCGCCCUCUGUCGCGGGGCCCGAUAGCGGGGCUCUCCGCGCUGGCCCAUCGGAGAGUCUCCAGGUGUCUCCUGAGAUGGCCGAAGCUCAGCGAAGAUCCGCGGCGGACCUUGAAGCGCGCGAGGCGCUCGCUGAGCAGCAGAUGCAUCCCGUUGGGUGUUGCCAAGGCCUGCGCAAGUGGCUGUGGAUUCGCCGAGUCAGCGAAGAGAACGGAUGGCCCUUCUACGUUGGCAUGUUUAGGACCGAAUUUACCUCGGACCUCGGCGUGCCGGACAGCCAGGCCGAUGCCACUGCCUCCUUCACGCCCUGGCUCAAAAACGAAGAAGAGGCGCUCCUCUUGGGCGGUUGCACUAACGCACAGGAACGGCAAGUCGUCAACGAAACUCUCCAGAACCCGGCCUCGGGUGUCAGUGCUGCUCCGGCAUCUCUCUUUGCACGUCUCGUGGCCAACGGCCUGCCUCCUGCGCGCGCGGCUUCUCUGCUGGCUCUCCUCGUGCGACGCUCGUCUCCGCUCCCGCACGCGUUUCCAGCUAGCCACGUUCCCCUGAAUUACGAUCCACGGACGACGUGUCCGUACCGGGAAGCCGCCGAGACCGCCAGCAAACUGCAGAAAGGAGUUGACUACGAUGCGUCGGCUGCCUCAGACGAACUCUCGCGUUUUCGCGGCGGCCGCGAUGACGACGACGAAGAAGAGGAGCAGCGAUACGGAAAGGACGUCGGCCCCACGACAGAAAAGACCUUAACAGCGGCUGAGGCUGCAGCGGCUGUAGCUCGCGCGGGCACGGGCGAGCAGGCGGCGGAAGCCGAGCGCCAGGGCAUGUUUCCUGAGCUGUACAGACACUGGACGGGAGGCAAGACUCUGGCGCGAGCGGCGACGUACGCGCUGUGGGGCGGGGCGAAAUUCGAGGCCGCGGCUGCGGCUGGGGCUGCAGCCAGUGGUCCGGACGUGCUCAAUGAAGAGGAGAGAAAACGCGAAGAAGCGAUAAACUUGUGGAUGGUGAAGGCAGGCGAGAAACGGAUGAAAGACGCGGCUGAAGCGGCGUUUCGGCUCCGGCUUCGCGAGAGUGUGGCGAAAGGCCCUGUCCACUCAGACGAAUGCAUCAACUCGCCUGCGUUCCUUUGUCGAUUAACCCCGCCUGUGGGCGCCCUCGCACCCUCUGAAGCUGAGCUGUCGGACGCGGGCAGUCGACCAGCUCAGCAGCAGUUCUCCUCACUCUUGCACAAGCAGACAGCAGAGUUUCUAACGGACAUGGUGUUGGUCGAUCAUCAGUUGGAGCAUGCGCGGCGCAUGAGAGCGGUCCGAGCUCUGGCGGCCACAAAGAACGGCGGGGACUGCCCAGAGGUCUUCGAGCAACUCCUGGGAGAUGCAGUGCAACAGCAAACUCUUGACAAGCAGCUCUUGAGGGGAAGCUUCACGAAGGAAGACCUCGACCAACUUUGCCUCGGUACGGAGGCGGAGAAGAAGGCGGCCGAGGCAGGCAAGAGGCGGCUCGACGCGUGUCGCGCAGAGGUUCAGGCGGGCCAGCAGCUCGCCAGACUUCACGGUCGCGAGCGCGAAGACGCGGCACGAGACCUCUUCCACUAUUUCAAUCUUCAAGCUUUCCACCACUGCUUACCGCCAGAAACGCGCAUUCAGUUCAGCGCGGAACUCGCGGACCGCUCCCAGGGCAGCAGUCUUCACCCGGCUCUAAGCGACUUCCAGCAAAACACCUCAGAUUUCAGAGAACCACCGACCAUCAGACUUGCAGGGUCCAUUCGGUCGCUUCCUGUUCUUGCGCACGCUCUUAUUCAGCAGUGUGUUCUACUUGCGGCCUCCUGUUACGACUUUCCUUCCAAGCUUCACCUGUCGCCGCCGGCGUCUGUCGCCCGCUACCUAUGGCAAUACCUUCCUCCUGGCAAGGCUCAGCAGAAGCAUUUUGCGCCGCCACCGCCCUCCGGCUGCUUCUCCAACGCGGGGUCACCGCAUCUCCCGCCUUCUCUGAGACCGGGGCAGACUCGUGGCGUGACGCCACUACCUGCAUCGUUUUCCGAUAAGCCGCCUUCAAUAGCGUCGCUCAUGAACUUUGCGUCUCAGGUUCCUUCUCUGAUGCAACAACAGCAGAGCUUGGGAGCUGCAUGCAGAGAGCUUGGCAAGCCAGGAAGUUCCCAGCAAGAACUGAACCUGCAGAGCAAGGUGAUGGCGAAGGCUAAAGAGGCUGCUGCUUCCCUUUCGAAAAUCGAAAAGGAGUUUGAGGAUGCCUGUGCGAGAGGCGACAGCGAGGAGCUUCUCCGCUCGGAGCAGGACAUGGCGUCGGGUGCGUCCGUAGAGCUGAGUGAUGGAGGGAACAUCAGCCAUCAUUGGGAGGCAGAGAAGGACAUUUUUGUGGAGGCAGCAAACGCUGUCAGAGCUGCUGCCACGGGCCCUAACGGGAUACCGAUGGAGGGGGCUGGGGAGGAGGCCGGUGCCGACGCAGUAAUGGAUGCAAUAAAACAAGAAAAAGUGUACGAACUUCAGCAGAUGCUGCUGAAGCUGGCGACUCACGAACGAUGGCCCUUCUACGUCGAGGCUCCUGGGACUACAAAAGCAGCGACUCAGAACAGUGCUGUCGGCGCAGCAUCGUUUCAAAACGAACUAGGAGGCGGUGUGCAGUCACCACCUGAUUGGCAAGAGUUGCUCAAUCCGGACGAAAUGCUGAAAGUACUGAAGUAUGCGGUCGUUGAUCGUGAAGGUGUGGCAAGUCCUAGCCUGUAUUCGGACUUGAUCCUGUCGGGCGCGUGCUCGGCGGAGCGAGCGAUGCAAAUCAUGGAACAAGCACUCACAGUCCAAGCCGAUAAUAAUUCGGUAACUCGAACGGAGUGGAAUGGUGGGAGCUCCAUAGUGGAAUGA